UUACAGCGGAAGUACUAAGAGAAUUAAAGAAGGUCGAGAGAACUUGGGUAGAUAGCAUGGACUACUCCAGUGAGCUCUCUGAACCCAUCUUGACUGACAAAAGAUCUUCAUCUGUUCAACUAGUGAGCUCGGAACUGGAAGAAACGCUAUCCAACACCGAGCUUCCGUUCUUCCACCGUCUUAGACGUGCCACGUGGGUCGAACUGAAGAUUCUCUGCCGCCUUGCAGCUCCGGCAGUGGUGGUUUACUUGCUAAACAACGUUAUUUCCAUGUCCACCCAAAUCUACUGCGGGCAUCUAGGCAAUCUCGAACUCGCUGCCUCUUCUCUUGGCAACACCGGCAUCCAAGUUUUUGCCUACGGCCUCAUGCUUGGAAUGGGAAGUGCGGUGGAAACGCUCUGUGGUCAAGCCUAUGGAGCAAAGAAAUAUGACAUGCUAGGCGUAUAUCUGCAGCGUUCAACGAUCCUGCUAAUGGCAACUGGGAUCCCAGUUAUGUUCAUUUACAUCUUCUCCAAGGCCAUCUUGAUUGCCCUAGGCGAAUCGGCCACCAUUGCCUCUUCAGCCGCAAUCUUCGUUUACGGACUUAUCCCCCAAAUCUUUGCCUACGCUUGCAAUUUCCCCAUACAAAAAUUCCUCCAGGCUCAGAGCAUCGUGUUCCCGAGCGCGUACAUAUCUGCGGCUGCCCUCGUGGUGCAUGUGGUGCUGAGUUGGGUAGUGAUUUAUAAGUUGGGAUGGGGCUUGUUAGGCGCAUCGCUGAUGUUGAGCUUUUCGUGGUGGAUUAUAGUGGUGGCGCAGUUUGUUUACAUAUUGCUGAGUCCAAGGUGUAAACGUACUUGGACAGGUUUCAGCAUGCAGGCUUUUUCUGGGCUUUGGAGUUUUCUGAAGCUAUCUGUUGCGUCUGCCGUAAUGCUUUGCCUCGAGACUUGGUACUAUCAGAUUAUCGUUUUGAUCGCUGGGUUGCUUGAAGACGCUGAAAUUGCCUUGGACGCUCUCUCUGUUUGCAUGACCAUAUCUGGAUGGGUGUUCAUGGUUGCUGUGGGUUUCAAUGCUGCUGCAAGUGUGAGGAUUGGGAAUGAGCUCGGGGCGGGACAUCCAAAGUCGGCCGCAUUUGCAGUAAUAAUAGUGACAUCAACCUCGUUCAUCAUCUCAGUAGUGUGUGCCAUAGUUGUGCUUGCACUACGAAAUGUCAUAAGCUACGCGUUCACCGAGGGCGAGACUGUGUCCAAUGCAGUCUCAGCCCUAUCUCCUUACCUUGCUGUCUCUAUUAUGCUCAACGGCAUCCAACCUGUUUUGUCUGGGGUGGCUGUUGGGUGUGGAUGGCAAGCAUUUGUGGCAUAUGUUAACGUCGGAUGUUACUACAUUAUUGGUGUUCCUUUGGGUUGUGUUCUUGGCUUCAAGUUCGACUUUGGAGCCCAGGGAAUAUGGUCUGGAAUGAUAGGAGGGACAUUUAUACAGACGGUGAUCUUAUUGUGGGUCACACUUCGGACUGAUUGGAAUAAAGAGGUCGCAAAUGCAAAGAAUCGUUUGGACAAGUGGGAUGACAAGAAAGAGCCUCUUCUCAUAGAAUAGAUGGGAUUAUAUGAGCCACCACUGUUUGUUUACGUGCAUGAAUCUUUCGCAUUGAUCUGAAUUCGAAGAAAUGUAUUCAUUAAUA